GUGUUAAUGCAAUUGUGCACCACUACAAUAAAGGUGUGGAAAUCCAAAAAUUCACAAAAAAAAAAAUAGAAAAUUAAAACUAUACAUAUUUAGUGUAAAUUGUAAAGCAAUUAACUAUCACAAAUUACAAUAAACUAAAUUUAAGUAUAUGUUAACAUUAAGGCGCGAAUAGAUAUUAUUGUGUAGUGUGUGAAAAGUGUGCGUGACGUGAGUCAAUGAAAACGCGCUAACGUAUAACAGCUGCUUAGUUGGAGAACUUUGGCGGAUCAAACACAAAAAUAUGCCGCUGCCCAAACGUUCCAUUGAGCCCGUACAUGUAGCUCGAUCCGUUUACCAGCAGGAUGAGCUGCAGUCUGUGGAAUUGGAGACUGUGACCAACACGACGCUGACAAAUAUAAUACGGCAAUUGUCGUCGCUAUCUAAGCAUGCUGAGGACGUGUUUGGCGAGUUGGCGCGGGAUGUGGGCAAUAUUGGGGAUCGGGCCAAUUCACUGCAGGCGCGCAUUGAUCGGCUGGCGAUAAAGGUUACGCAGCUGGAUAGCACCGUGGAGGAGGUACCACUUACCGAUAUAACACGCAAAAAGGCGUUCAAAUCGGCCAAGAUAUUCGAUCAGCAGAUCUUUUCACGCUCCACGAUGCCCGCCCCCAUGCUGGAGACGUAUGCACUGUGCGACAAACCGCCGCCACUGGACAAGCUCAAUGUAUACCGUGACGAUGGCAAGGAUGGACUCAAAUUCUACACGGAUCCCAACUACUUUUUCGAGCUGUGGCGACAAGAGAUGCUAAAGGAUACGGAGCGCGUGAUGCACGACAAAGGCAAAAAGCUGCAUCGACCACGGCAAGAGGGCACCGGCGGUGGUCCGAACAAUCGGCACAAGAAACGCGUCCGUACGCCACACAACACACGCGAAAAGCAGCGACAAAUCGCGUUGGGUCACGGCGAAACCCUGAUGCCAAACAAUGUUAUCUAUCGGACGCCCAACGCAAUGCCCAAUGAAGAGGCCGGAUAUGGAACCCAGCUAAUCGAAAUCCAAACUGUAAAUGCUGACAGCGAUUUUCAGCUGGGAACACUGGCACGUCGAAGGCUUAUACAACAACAGCUGACGAAUAUCGGUGAUGUUCAAGACGUAGAUUCUGUUAAGCCCUAUAAUAUGCUCUCACAUUUGGAGAAAAACAGUAAUCUCACAAAGCAAACGGCUAUCGCUAUUACAGAUAUGGGCAUAUACGACACACGCCCACUGCGGCCAAACUCAAUUGAGCUGCGGCGCAGCUACCAGUCAGAGCAGAUCGAUGGCAGCGGCUACGAGCCACUCACACCACAGGCAGCGGCCAAUCAGUAUGCAGCUGCGUACGGCACCAACGGCAUCUCGGGCAGCUCGCAUAUGCAUCUGCAGCAGCAGCAACAGCAGCAGCUGUACGACGGGACGCUCUACCAUCAGUCGCAUGCGAUCUACGGGCAGAGCGGACAGGGCCCUAUGUCGCCGGAACAGAUAUAUGGACCGGGCACCCCGUCGCGUAACAAGCCGCGUCCAUCGCAGCCGCCACCAGCGCCCCCAUCGAAUGGCAGCGGCGGUGGCACGCCCACAGCAUCAAACGCAAAUACGCCCACACGCGGCCGCAGCAUGUCGACGAGUCGGGACGCAUUGCCGCCGCCGCCUCCAGUGCCGGAUGUGGUGUCGCCGUUGUCGGCCAUGAACGGCAUGGCCAGCGGUCACAUGGCAGCCAAGCUGCUGGGUCGCACCAACAGUACAUCGCGAGCUGGCUCUCCGCAGAUGGCACCCAGCAACAGUGCCCAGAACGCAAAUGACAUGGUUAUGGCGCAGCUGAACAAUACCUUCAAUAGCAUGGGCAUCACGACUAGCAAUCAGAUGAACUCGCUCAGCGAUUUGCCGCCACCACCCCCAGUGCCCGAUCAGCACUCACCAAAAAUGUCGCCACCCAAUGUAGCGCCACCGCCGCCACCACCACCACCGCCAGUGGACGAGAGUGGCAUCGGCGGCGUGCAAAUGCAGCAGCAUCCACACCAAAUUCUGCCCAAAUCACUGGCCAAUGGGGAGCUUCAGCUAUGCCAACCAAACGGUGGCUCCCACAUUGUGAGUGCGAAGAAGAUGCAGGCUCCAUUCCAUGAUCCACGCAACGAUUUGAUGAAAGCCAUUCGAGAUGGCAUCAUACUACGCAAGGUAGAAAAGUCCGAGCUGAAGGAAAUUGAACGCAAUACGGCAAUGCUGGAUGUAGCCUCGAUUUUGGCCAGGCGAGUGGCCAUUGAGCUAUCGGAGUCAGAAGAUUCGGAUAGCGAGGAUGACAGCGAGGGAUGGAUGGAACCCAAUGAGACCUCUGCUUGAUCCCUGAUGGCUUCGGUUAAACCGGAUAAAAAUGCAAAAAACAAAAAGAAAAAGUAAUUCCAAAGAAAAUUGAUGCAGGAUGUAAGCACCCAGCAGUUGGAUUACUACAAAGCGCCAAAGCUUUUAUAUACCAUACUUUAUAAGAGUAUCUCCCAAUAUGCAUACAUACCUAAAUACUACAGACUAAACCUUAAAUCAAAAUCUAAUUUGAAUUGUACAUAUUUACACGCAUACAUACACAUACCAAGAGUAAUUAUGGCUAAUAUAUGAAAUCGCUAACGAAAUCAGAUAUGAUUUCAAGUUGCAUAUACAUAUAUAUAUAUAUAUAUAUAGAGGGAGAGGUAUUUGUAUGUAUUCAUAUUCGUAGCAUGGCUAAGCCUAAGCCUCGUGAGGGAAUAAAUACUCGUCUCGUUUAUGCAAGAUGCAAAAAAGGAUAUAAAUUGCUUAAUCUUGUCUGCAGUCGUUUUCCAAUCUAUCGCUACCAUCAGCCAUGUCAGAGAUUGAUCGGUACGGACGUAGAUAGAAGAAAAUGAUAAUAAAAUAAAGUAGCUAUUGACUUGCUUUUUGGAUAUUAAACCGAUAUUUAACACUUUAUAAACUCGAAUACAAAAUGAUUAUUAACAAUGAUUAAACUGGCAAAUUUAAAGUUUGUAAAUAUAUAAAAUGAAACGAAAAACACAUUAACUAAUAGAAAAGUCGACAGCAUUUUACACACGCUAUGAAAUUGCAAUAUAUAAAGUAUAUACCGUUUAACUUACAUACAUAUGCAAGUAUAUAUAUAUAUAUAUUCGAAAUAAUACAUAAUCUUAACUGAAACCUUUGCUAAAUAUAUACUGGCUCGUGCGUAA